AUCUUCUGAAAAGACUGAUGUAUUUGGAUUUGGUAUACUGCUUCUUGAAUUGAUCACUGGCCAAAGGGCUCUAGAAUUUGGAAAAGCAGCCAACCAAAAAGGAGCCAUGCUUGAUUGGGUAAGGAAACUACAUCAAGAGAAGAAGCUUGAGUUGCUUGUUGACAAGGAUCUCAAGACUAACUAUGACAGGAUUGAGCUUGAGGAAAUAGUUCAAGUGGCACUCUUGUGCACACAAUAUCUUCCGGGCCACAGGCCCAAAAUGUCUGAUGUUGUACGCAUGCUUGAAGGUGAUGGGCUUGCAGAGAAAUGGGAAGCCUCACAAAGUGCUGACACUACCAAGUGCAAACCACAAGAACUCUCUUCAUCAGAUAGGUAUUCUGACCUCAUUGAUGACUCUUCUUUGUUAGUCCAAGCCAUGGAACUCUCAGGCCCUAUGAUGUGA